GGCAGGGAUGGAGCCGGGAGCGGGGCAGGGAUCGGGGCCGGGAUCGGGUCUCGGGCGCUGGGGCCCGGUGUCAUGCGUUCUGACCGGCGCUUCCCGCGGCUUCGGCCGCAGCCUGGCGCGGCUGUUGGCUCCACGCUUCGGCGAGGGCUCGGUGCUGCUGCUGCUGGCGCGCUCGGCGGCCCCGCUGGCCGAGCUGGCGGCCGAGCUGCGGGGCAGCGCCGCCGGGCUGCGGGUGGAGUGCGUGGCCGCCGACCUGGGCUGCGAGCAGGGGCUGCGGCAGGCGACGGCUGCGCUGCGGGAGGUGCUGCCCGCCGGGCCGCCCGGCCGCCUGCUCCUCGUCAAUAACGCCGGUUCCCUCGGAGAUAUCUCCAAGUCCUUCCUGGAUCUCACUGACCCAGAUGAGAUCAACAGCUACUUUGCCUUCAACAUCACCUCAGCACUUUGCCUCACCUCCACUGCCCUGCAAGCCUUUGGGAAGAGGCCUGGCUCCAGCAGGACUGUGGUGAACAUCUCCUCGCUCUGUGCCUUGAAGCCCUUCAAGAGCUGGGCACUAUACUGCAGUGGGAAGGCUUCCCGGGACAUGAUGUUCCAAGUGCUGGCACUGGAGGAGCCGGAUAUCCGUGUCCUCAACUAUGCCCCGGGUCCCCUGGACACAGACAUGCAGCUCUUGGCCCGGACUAAAACUGGAGACCCUGAGAUGCGUCAGCAUUUCCAAAGCAUGCAGGAGAACAGGCAGCUGAUAGACUGCACCGUGUCAGCCCAGAAGCUGGUGAAUCUCCUGGAGGAGGACACCUUCCCCUCUGGUGCCCAUGUGGAUUUCUAUGACAUCUGAGUUACUCUCACCUCUGCCUUUGCCUUCCUGCUUUGCUUUCUGCUGAGCCCUGUGUUUGGUUAUAGAAUCAGAGAGUGUUUUGUCCCUACAGGCUCUUGUCCAAAGUCCAGGUUUCCUGGAGCCCCUUUAGGCACUGGAGCUGCUCUAAGGUCUCCCCUUCAGGAGCCUUCUCUUCUCCAGGCUGCCCCAGCCCAGCUCUCUCAGCCUGGCUCCAGAGCAGAGCUGCUCCAGCCCUCGCAGCAUCUUCAUGGCCAUGAUCAUCUUGGUGACCCUGUUUGAGUCCUGGGUGCUGUGCAGCUUUCAAGAAAAGGCCUCUGGGUGCCUUAAAAUACUCCAAGUGCCCCGAUGGGGAUGGGGCAGUCACUGCUUUGCUGUAGCUGUGGAGCCCUCCUGGGUACCCGCUGGCAGGAACAGGGAUUGCUCAGCUGCUGGGGAGGGGAGAGCAGAGAUGCCUUUUCCAAGCGAAUGGGAAUGGUGGGUUAAAGCUCUCCUUCACAGGACUGUGUGCAAGCCAAGGAGGUACCAAGGCACAUGAGACCAGGUCCGAAAGCCACCCCAGAACGUCUCAAAGAAGCCAACAGUAGGGUUAGAGCUGAAUGUCUGUCCCUGUUGCUCCACAGGAACUGUGUGCUCAGCACCAGAGCAAGUCGCCAAAGGGCAAAAGAGCCAUACCCAGGGCCCUGACUCUCCAUUCCCUGUGCCACCAGUGCCUUGUCCUGGCUCCUGCAGUUCUGGGAUCGUCCCUGUGUGAGUUUUGUGCAUUAAGAUGUGGAGCAAAGCCUGUCCCUGUGGGUUAUUUUGCACAAAGGCAAUUGAUGACCAGGAGAGGGAGCUGCCAAUGGAGGAGAUGUGAAUUUGGGGGGCUUGGUGGGGUCACCAGCUUCCAUAAACCUGUGCCCAAUCACAGGUUAGAGCACAGCUGAGGCACAGCCCUGAGUUCAUCCCAUCUUCCUGUUCACAGGUUGUGGGUCCAAGCCUGGAUCUGGGAUUCAGCCCCUCCUGGGUUGUCCUUUUAAUUACUUGUGGGGUUUUAUCAUCAUUUUUUCCAUCAGGUUCCAGGGGACACUUGGAGAUUUGCUCUUCUAGGAAGCUGCUUAUCUGCAGUGUGUGUUGAUGCAGGAGAGCUGCAUUGAAGCCCAGUGGCAUCCCCUGUGUGCCCUGGAAAUGCCCAGUGUCCCCCUGUGCUCAGUGCCAGCAACCUUCUCCAGUCCAAUACCUCAACCCUGUGCUUCACAUUUCAUCCUCCUGGAUCUGCAGUCAUUAAAAGUUUCAUGUCUGG